AUGUUGUUUCUGAACACCCUCAACUCCUCAGGCAGGCCUGACUGCCUGCAACAGCAGGAACAGAAGGGCCCUGCAGCCCUAGCCGCUGGACCACCCAACUCCCUGACCCGGCACCAGCGGUCUAAUUGCUCCCUAAGCCCCCAGUGUCAAGGUCAGGGCAGUGGUGGGGGUGGGGAGAGCACGGAUGACAAAGCCCAAGGGGCCCCUGCCCCGAGUCACUCCCCAACAAAAUGGGUUCCCCCCAACCUCUGUGUUUUCUAUGAGGAACGUCAUGGCCCCCAAGAGCUGCCCACAGACCCCCUCCUUCCUCCCUGGAAGACACGGGUGAUCCCAGGAUCCUCCUACUGCACCGCCUCUGGAAAUCCCUGUUCUCCAAUCAGGUGGAGAGCACUGCGGGGUGAAAGGGAGACAGAGAGCAGCUUCUUUUACAAUAAACUCUAUAUUGUGUUCACAUGGAGACCUGCAGAUGUGCCGACUUCCGGUCCCCGAAGUCGAUCUUUGCGGCCAAGGAGAUUGAGGAUUUCAGGAGUCAGAGUUACCGCAGGAAUCGAGGUGAGGAAACUGAGGCUCCUUACUGACUUGCCCAAGGUUCCGCAGUGGAAGAGCCUGCACCUGAACUGCAUCUCCUGGUGGGUUUCAGCCAAGUUGGAAAGACAAGGAUGGGAAUUGGGGGAACAGUUUCAUUUUGCCCAAGAACAGCAGGAGCCUGGGCUGCCCGCAUCCUGGGGCCACCACUUGAAAUGGACGCAGUGCAGAGCCUUGUGUCCCGGGCAGGGCAGAGGCGAUGGUGACGGGGCCCUCAGGGCUCACACUGAGGACGAGGUCAUCUCAGGACCUAGCGUGGGCCGCACGCGGUCAGGACACAGCGGCCCGCCUGGGGCCCCUCCGGCCGCCCUCGCACCGGCCCAUCUUUCGCGCGCUCCCGGUCCCUACAGGAUACUGGCACUCCACAGUCCGGAGCGCACUGCCCAUGACACCGCAAGCGCUAAUGUAGCACAGCAGCAGCAGCAGCGCGGCGCCCGCCGUCGCCCCGACCCGCGCCCCUCCAGUGGAUGCCCCUCGCAGCGCGGGCCGGAAACCAGUGCGUGUCCCGUGGAGUAG